AUGUCGAAUCUAGCAGACGCGUCGCGCCUAAAGGCCACAGUGUUCGUCGGUGGUCUCGAUCAGGCGGUCACCCAGCAAAUACUUUUCCAGGCCUUUCUACCAUUUGGAGACAUCGUCGAAGUCAACUUGCCGAAACCAGAUCUGCCAAAUUCGAACGAAACACAUCGAGGCUUCGGUUAUGUUGAGUUUGAGACAGCGUCGGACGCUGUAGAUGCCAUCGACAACAUGGACCGCAGCGAGUUGUUCGGGCAGGUCAUCAAAGUUGCAGCUGCCAAACCGCAGAAGGAUCACACGGAAGGGUUGGGGAGCAAGACAGCCGUUUGGGAGCAGGAGGGCUGGUUGGCCAAACAUGCUGUGAGCGAAGAGGACCGUCAAGCUAUGGAGCAACAAAAGGAGGAAGAGAACGGCCCGGUAGAUCCCAUGCAAGGGUUAGAGGGACUCGACGAAGCAGGCCCAAAAGCCGCCUAA